GGCCGGGAGGCAGAGCCGGAGGCGGACAGCGGAGUCGUGCUGCGUCGGCUCCGGGAGGCCCAAGGGGACCUGCUCGUCUCUGACUUCUGGAGCGCAGCCUUGGAAACCAUCAGCCAGUGUCUUACAAAACAGCUGGGACAACUGGAGGCUCCCGGAGGGACCCUUUCAGAUGCCCUUGGAAACGUGCAUCUCACCUCACCCGAUGAGCGGGAUGUGGCCCCUGACCCCAACCCAGGAGAGGCCCUGGUCAGGGGAGCCUGCCACAUCAAGUGUGUGUGCUAUGGCAUUGGCAGCUUUGCCACCUGUGUCACAGCGAGAACCCAGCUUGCGUUUCUGCUUCUGUUCCUGGAAAAGUGCCAGAUCCCCAGAAGUCACUGCUGGGUCUAUGACCCUCUGUUCAGCCAGCUUGAAAUCGCUGUUCUUCACUCCCUCGGGGUGACUGUUCUCCAUGAGAACGAGGAAGGAAAGCGGAGUGUUUGUGGCCAGCCCACCGUCUUCUACAUGCCCCACUGCGGGACAGCCUUGUACAACAACCUUUUAUGGAGCAACUGGUCAGUAGAUGAUCUUUCCAAGAUGGUCAUCAUCGGGAACAGUUUCAAGGGCCUGGAGGAGAGGUUGUUGACAAGGAUUCUGCAGAAAAAUUACCCUUAUGUUGCAAAGAUUCUGGAAGGGCUGGAGGAACUUGAGCUGCCUCAGAUUCCCCAGUACACGGACACCUUUAAUGACACCUCCGUUCACUGGUUCCCUGCACAAAAGCUGGAACAGCUCUCCAGGGAUGUGUGGGCAUUUCGGGAAGAACCAGAGUAUCAGGACUGCGAGGACCUUGAAAUCAUCAGGAAGAAAACUACAGACCCCACUGUUGACCUGCACUCACUACAGUGCACCUCACCAACUGACGUGUUUUGAGGAUGAUGUACAGCCUGAGAACUCAGUGUGAAGACCGACACUGGUCAGCCAGUGCAGUGGCACAUGCCUGUCAUCCCAGCAGCUCAGGAGGCUCUAAGCAACUCUUGAGACCGUGUCCCUAAGUAAAAUAUUAAAAAGGGAA